AUAUCAUCAUAUACCCUUGCAGACGGAAAUUAUUAGUUGACAAUUUUGGUAAAAAACACUAUACAUAUUUUGAGUGGUUUUUCGGUUGUAAUAUGAUUCGCCUUGCCGAAGCUUUCUUUCGUGUUAUGACUGAUAGUUAUUAUUCGAUAACUAUCGAAUGACACUAACUAUCGAAACCAAGUGAGAGCGACCGUUCGCAGUGACAGUUUUAGACUUUUUGCGACCACCAGCCUUCCAUUUCUACGAAAAUUCUGCUAGAAUUUGUGAAAACGGUAAGCAAUCGUCAGCGAAAGGCCAAAAAAAAAGCAUUUUCGUUGCACCUUUAAGUGUAAACCGCAAAAGAGAAGACAGACGCUCGUGCGAAAAAGCAAAAAAGCAAAGGGAUCGCCGAAAGCUUAAGAGCGUGACUUGCAGAAUACACCAACCGUUCCUAUCGAAAGCAGAGGACCAGAGAGUUGACCAUGGCCACAAUCAAGCGGUUGGGCAAGGAGCGCAAGGCGUGGCGAAGGGAGCACCCCUCCGGUUUCGUGGCCCGACCCACCAAGAAACCUGAUGGCACCCGCAACCUGAUGAUCUGGGAGUGUGCCAUCCCCGGCAAGGAGUCUACACCCUGGCAGGGCGGCCUUUACAAGCUGCGCAUGUUCUUCACCAUGGGCUACCCUAACUAUCCGCCCAAGUGCAAGUUCUACCCGCCGGUGUUCCACCCGAACGUUUAUCCCUCGGGAACCAUCUGCAUGGGCCUGCUCAACGAGGAUAAGGACUGGCGCUCGCACAUCACCAUCAAGGACAUCCUGCUGGCCAUCCAGGACCUGCUCGACGAGCCGAACAUCGAUGACCCGGCCCAGGCGGAGGCCUACGUCAGCUACACUGAGAACCGUCCGGAGUACGAGAAGCGAGUGCGCGCCCAGGCCCGCGCCCGAGCCGCCGAAGAGUAGUCGGCGUCCUGUGCUUGGCUCCCCAUUAAUACAUUAAUACAUUAAUACAGACAUUAACAAACAAACACAUCUAGGCGGUUAGCGUUUUCGUGGAUGCUCUUCACAUCUAUUAACUUGUAGACUUAGUACAACCUUCGGAUUCAAGGCCCAGCACACAACUACACACUCUAUUGUAAUAGCUAAGCUUCCAGCUAUACCAUUAAAUUCAAGACAUGAAAAAGGAUAAUACAAAACAGCACCUAAAAUACCAUGACUUUUGUUAAUGAUGUCCGAUUUCGGAUUGAUAUAUCUCACAAUGCUUGCAACAUUUUUUCACACUUUUAUGGACCAAUCACAGUUUUGAGCACCUCAUGACCAAAGUUAACGAGCCCUAUCACUUUUUGGACAAUUAAAAAAAAAUAUGAUUUUUGGACAAUUUUCGCAUUUUUGGUAAGGGCCAAAUUCAGCAUUUUUAUGUGUGAAUGUCAUCGGAUUCAGAAUUUUAUUACGAAUUCAACGAUGUAUACUAUUCUAUAUUCAGAUCAGUUCUUACCGAGAGAGAGACAAAAAACCAAGUUUUUUUUUUAAUGAUUUUAUGCAAUUUUUUUUAUAAUAAUCGAUACAGCUGUCAUUUGAACUUAAUAGGAAAAUCGACAUAGCUUUGAUGUUGUUUAGCCUUUGUGCUGUUUGUUCGACAUUUUUGAUGACUGCAAGGGUAUAUAAGCUUCGACUUGCCGAAGAUAGCUUCCAAUCUUGUUUUAAAUUUAAAUCGAUCUAAUAUUGUGAUUUAUAAUUAAUGUUUAAACAGAUUUAUCUGAUUGGAAGUACAGUUUCUAAACUACUAUUUAUUUAUUUAUUUGUAAG